AUGUCCGAAUCCGAACCAUUGCUUGCGUCGUUGCAGGAAACAGGUGAUCUAUUCCCCAGUAUCCUGGAAGGCAAGAAUAUCUUGCUGGUGACAGAAUCCUGGGGCCCGGUCAAUGGAGUAAGUCGCACCACUGGCUAUCUGGUCGAGUACUUGAGAGAUCAUGGCGCAAAUGUCUUCCUGGUUGCACCUCAUUUCAGUGAUGCUGCUAAGCAGGUCCAAAUUCAGCUGCCUGGAAUCGCCCUGCCCUAUAAUCCGGACUUGAAGGUUGUCUAUCCAUUUCACAUAAAGCAGAUUUUCGUCAAGAAAUUUGAUAUAAUAUAUUUGGCCAGCCCUGCAUCACUAUGCUUUCAGCUGCUGUUACAGAUUCGUCAGCUACGAUCGGCACCUCCUGUUCUGCUCAAUUUCCAAACGGAUCUCUCGGCCUAUGCAGAAAUUAUGCUCCCAUUCCCACUUGACAGAUUUGGGGUCUGGCUGCUGGGAAUCGUCCAAGGCUUUCUUUUUCGCUCCCGAGCUGUACACACCAUUUUUUAUCCGUGCUCCGCCAUUCGUGGCUAUCUCGAGGACAUUCGGGCCCCCGUCGACCGCCUUAAACAGUUGGGUCGUGGGGUUGAUACUGCACACUUCACGCCCGGCCAGCGAGAUGAGAUCUAUCGUAAAGAGAUUGCCCCGAAUGGAGAAAUUAUUCUUAUCUGCGUCUGUCGGAUUGCGCCGGAGAAGGGAUUCGAAUUUCUCGCACAGGUCGCCAGCCGUUUGGCAGCGGAUAGGAUACCCUUCAAGUUGCUCAUUGUCGGGGGAAAUCGCAAUCCGGUCGUCGAGCACAACGUGAAACAACUAUUUUCCGAAAUUCCCAAUCAUGUCGUCUUUACUGGCUUCCUUGCUGGGUCAUGUCUUGCUCGUGCCUACGCGUCAGCUGAUAUCUUCUUGCAUUGCUCUAUAACCGAGACAUUCGGACUCGUCGUUCUAGAGGCGAUGGCCAGUGGAAUUCCUGUUCUUGCUCGGGACCAAGGUGGACCCUCCGACAUUAUUCAGCAUGGUCACAGCGGCUUCCUUGUCCCAUCGCAAGAUGUUGACCAAUUUACUAGGUUAACCCGUGAGGUGUCCGAGAACGUCGCCCUCCGGAGGAAGCUUGCAACAGCAGCCCGACAGCAAGCGGAAGGGACGACCUGGGAGAAAAUAAAUCAUCGUGCUGCCUGUAAAAUGGCCGAAGCGCUAGCAAAUACUGAUCAGGAAUCUAAUGGUGUUCUACCGCGGGUUGAAUCUGGGAUCAUCGCAUUGGGCUUGGAGCAGGUACGCCUGAUACUGGCUGUUGGUAUUGUCUAUCUCAUGUGGCUGAUAGCCGUGGUUCCUUUGCUUAUCCAUGGUAAUUUUUUUUUACGCAAUCGGAAAUGA